UAACUUUAAUACUAAAUGGCUUUACAUUACUGUCUAAAACGUACUUAAAACGCAACUACACGAUCGAUGUUCAUGCGGUGUGUGUAACGAACCGCUUCAUUGCUUAUAGGCGACCGCGUCUACAUGGAUAGAGUUGGCUUGUAUUAAACAUCACAUAAAAUAAGACAAGCGUUUAAUGAGGACAUUCUCAAAAAGAUACUAUUUGUGAAAACGUUUACCAUGCCAUCGAUUAGUACGAUACUCGUAUUUCUUGUGGUGGUACAUGUCGGAUAUGGGGUACGAUACGAGCCAAACUGGGAAUCAUUGGACUCCAGACCUCUACCUAGUUGGUACGAUGAGUCCAAGAUCGGGAUAUUCCUGCACUGGGGCGUAUUCUCAGUGCCUAGCUACGGAUCUGCGUGGUUUUGGUACUACUGGAAGACAGGUGUUAAAAGAUACGUCGAUUUCAUGGCCAAGAACUACCGACCAGACUUCACGUACGCAGAUUUUGCCCCAGACUUUACAGCAGAGCUCUUCGAUCCGAAUGAUUGGGCCGAUCUGUUCAAGGCCUCUGGGGCCAGAUACGUUGUCCUGACCAGCAAACACCAUGAAGGCUUCACCAACUGGCCCUCGAAGUACUCAUUCAAUUGGAAUUCUAUGGACGUGGGGCCUAAACGGGACCUCGUGGGUGAACUCGCCUCUGCAAUUCGCAGCCGGACGAAUAUUCACUACGGUCUCUACCACUCACUGUUUGAAUUCUUUCACCCGCUGUACCUGAAAGACAAAGAAAACAACUUCAAGACCAGGGACUUUGCAACGACCAAGGCUAUACCGGAACUGUACGAGCUGGUGUACAACUACAAACCGGAAGUGAUCUGGUCUGACGGCGACUGGGAGGCACUGGACACCUACUGGAACUCCACGGGCUUCCUGGCCUGGCUCUACAACGAUAGUCCAGUCAAAGACGUAGUAGUGACAAAUGACAGAUGGGGCGGUAACAUCGAGUGCAAACAUGGCGGAUUUCUCUCUUGUUCGGAUAGAUUUAACCCCGGAACGCUACAGAAGCGGAAGUGGGAGAACGCCAUGACGAUCGACAGAUAUGCGUGGGAGUACCGCAGAGAUGUGACGCUGGCGGACAUGCUGACCAUGGAGGAGCUGCUCACUCAGGUCGCAUCCACAGUGAGCUGCGGCGGGAACAUUCUCAUCAACGUUGGUCCCACGAAGGACGGUCGGAUAGUGCCGAUAUUUGAGGAGAGACUCCGCAGUCUGGGGCAGUGGUUGAACGUCAACGGAGCGGCGAUAUACGGGACCUCACCCUGGAUGUACCAGAACGACACCGUCACUAAGGAUGUCUGGUACACGUCGAAGAAAAACUCCCAAGGCUCACUAGAUGUGUUCGCCAUCUUGCUGCAUUGGCCUGACCCUGGGAAGUUCUACCUUGGAAGCCCCACGGCCACACUGAACACCACAGUUACUUUGCUGGGAUACGACACGCCAAUCAAGUGGACCGCAUCCGCCGAGUAUGCGCAGGGAAUCACUGUGAUGAUUCCCGCCAUACCGUUCAACAAGAUGCCAUGCAACUACGCCUGGGUGCUGAAGUUGCAGAACUUGGCGGCAUUGCCGCUUUAUCGUGAUUUUGACGAUUAUUAUAAUGGCAAUACAUAGAAACAUGAAUUCCUAUCUUCGAAUUACUCGUUCGUUUACGAGGUAUUUUUAUGCCUCCGGAUCGAAUGAUCGCGGGUAUAUUGUUUUUGACCUGUCUGCCUUUCAUUGUAUGUGUCUGUCUGUCUGUCAUUGUAUGUGUCUGUCAUUGUAUGUGUGUGUCUGUUCCAUAACUUAAACCUUGGUCAUAACAUUUGCAAUAUUGAUGAUAGCAACUUGAUAUUUGGCAUGCCUGUGUAUCUCGUGGAGCUGUACAUUUUGAGUGGUGAAAGGUCAAGGUCAAUGUCAUCCUUCAAGGUCAAAGGUCAAAUAUAUGGCUUCAAAGCGGCGCAGUAGGGGGCAUUGUGUUUCACAAACACAGCUCUUCUUAGUUAUGAAAACACAUUCCACGUGUUUGUAUCCACGUUAUACUUGCAACUCACUUUGUAUUUUUAAAUUCAUUCUCAAAACUUCGUUCUUAAUGUCGAAAUCCUGUUUGGUGCAAUUUUUGUUUCGUUUAUGUAGUGACUUUUUGCAUUUACUGGAUACUUAUAAUCAGUUCUCACAGUUUACAUUUUGUAAUUGUUACUUGAAGUUUUUUAAUAAAUGUGCAUUUUGA